AUGAACGAAGAGAAAGGUAUGCACAUCUGCAAAGUGUUACCCACGGUAGGUGUUCCCUCGUCCACGAGUGCCCUGAGAACGGUCAAGACGCAGCCGGCUACCGGGAAGCCCACGAGUCUACCCAGCAUGAACGUGACUUCUCCAACAGUGCCUCCUCCCGUGGCGGCAGGCCAUACCACUCCCGCAGCCACCGAACUCCCGCCCACCACGACCGUCAGCACAUCAGGAACGGAAGCGACGACUGUGCGGGUGCCGGUGCCUCCCUCCCUUCUGCCAAAUGUCACCUCUCCGAGUUCGUACGGGAUCACUACGGGCACAGAUGGGGUGCCCACGGAGGCCAACGUCACAGGAGUGCUAACGACUUUGAAAGCCUUCGGCACCUCGGGUGAAAUAACAAAGGGCCCAGGUAAGCCUCUUUAUUUUGCCUUUUCGCUCUCCUUCUCUCCCAUCCCCGUGAGCCAGGGAGUCCUCGAUAAGCUGGAGGAGGAGAUCAACCGGCGCAUGGCGGACGACAACAAGCUCUUCCGCGAGGAGUUCAACGCUCUUCCGGCAUGCCCCAUCCAGGCCACCUGCGAAGCGGCCUCCAAAGAGGAGAACAAGGAGAAGAACAGAUAUGUGAACAUCUUGCCUUAUGAUCAUUCCAGGGUUCACCUGACGCCUCUCGAAGGGGUCCCAGACUCCGAUUACAUCAAUGCCUCAUUCAUUAAUGGGUACCAAGAGAAGAACAAGUUCAUUGCAGCACAAGGACCAAAAGAAGAAACUGUGAAUGACUUCUGGCGAAUGAUUUGGGAGCAAAACACAGCGACCAUUGUCAUGGUGACGAACUUGAAAGAGAGGAAAGAGUGUAAAUGUGCCCAGUACUGGCCAGAUCAGGGCUGCUGGACCUACGGAAACAUCCGCGUGUCGGUAGAAGAUGUGACCGUCUUGGUUGACUACACCGUGCGGAAGUUCUGCAUCCAGCAGGUAGGCGACGUCACCAACAAAAAGCCCCAGCGCUUGGUGACGCAGUUCCACUUCACCAGCUGGCCCGACUUCGGAGUCCCCUUCACUCCCAUCGGGAUGCUGAAGUUCCUGAAGAAGGUGAAGACGUGCAACCCACAGUACGCGGGGGCCAUCGUCGUCCACUGCAGUGCUGGCGUGGGACGGACGGGAACUUUCAUUGUCAUCGACGCCAUGCUGGACAUGAUGCUGACCGAGAGGAAGGUGGACGUUUACGGCUUCGUGAGCCGCAUCCGGGCACAGCGCUGCCAGAUGGUGCAGACAGAUAUGCAGUACGUCUUCAUCUACCAAGCCCUCCUGGAGCAUUAUCUGUAUGGAGACACAGAGCUGGAGGUGACCUCGCUGGAGAUCCACCUCCAGAAGAUUUAUAACAAGGUCCCAGGGACCAGCACCAAUGGAUUGGAGGAAGAGUUUAAGAAGCUGACUUCCAUCAAGAUCCAGAACGACAAGAUGAGGACGGGCAACUUGCCGGCCAACAUGAAGAAAAACAGGGUGCUACAGAUCAUUCCUUACGAGUUCAACCGAGUGAUCAUUCCAGUGAAGAGGGGCGAAGAGAACACAGAUUACGUCAACGCUUCUUUUAUAGACGAGAAAUGCGCCCAGUACUGGCCUUCCGACGGCUCCGUGUCUUACGGGGACAUCACUGUGGAGCUGAAGAAAGAGGAGGAGUGCGAGAGCUACACGGUGCGAGACCUGCUGGUGGCAAACACUAGGGAAAACAAGAUCCGGCAGAUCCGGCAGUUCCAUUUCCACGGCUGGCCGGAGGUCGGCAUCCCCUCCGACGGGAAAGGAAUGAUCAACAUCAUCGCGGCCGUGCAGAAGCAGCAGCAGCAGUCAGGAAACCAUCCCAUCACCGUGCACUGCAGUGCUGGGGCAGGACGAACAGGGACCUUCUGUGCACUGGGCACUGUUUUGGAAAGAGUCAAAGCAGAGGGGAUUCUGGAUGUCUUUCAGACGGUGAAGAGCUUGAGGUUACAGAGGCCGCACAUGGUCCAAACACUGGAACAGUACGAAUUCUGCUACAAAGUGGUUCAGGAAUACAUCGACGCCUUCUCAGAUUACGCCAACUUCAAGUGAAAACAAGAAGAGUUGCCUUCUUUAAUACCUUUGUAAUAUUCUGUUUGUUAAUAUCCCCUCACCUCCCACCCCCCCAC